UACACUAAAACUUCGAGAUGAAAAUCUCAAUAAUUUUCAUCUUAAUCUGCGUCAUCGCGCCAUCCUGGUGCCAAGAUGAAACAGUGUUUCACUGCUCACCCAAGCCGGGUUGCCAGAUUGCACAAUGUGAUCCGGUUGCUGUAGGAUGGGACAGACCAGGUUUCAACAUCGAUAAACAUCUACAUGACAAAGAGUUUCCGAUUACAUGCAAAUCUAAGAAUGCGGCAAAACCUCAGAAUAUUGGCAAUCUAUUUCCUUCAGUAUCCAGGAAUAUUUUAGAUAUCGAACAUAUCAAAUCAGAUUUAAGAAAACUGGAGGAAGGGUUCGAAAAUAAAUUGAAAAAUAUUGACAGUUCUGGAAAUGACGAAAAGAGCAGCAAAAUUGAAGAACAAUCGAAAGAAUUCAACAAUCUUAAAAGAAAAGAUAAACAACAAUCUGAUGAAAUGAAGAAUCUGAAGGAAGAAUUUGAGAAGCUUCGAGCCAUGAAUAGCAAGUUAGUGGAGGAGCAGUCGAAAACUGCACAACAGUCUACUGAAAUAAGAGAGUUGAAGAAAGCGAUAUACCGGAUUGAACAAAGACUUGCUGUUAUGGACAAGUCUCAGCAGCUUCCAAAUAGAUUCGGGCAGAUAACUACACCUACUCAAACAACAUUGAAACCAACUCCUCCUCCAGAAAACUGCAAAUUGAAGGUCGGAAAUAUCUGUUACUUUGCUGUGAUACAUAGUGAACAUGAUGUCACAUACGACAAAGCAGUUGAUAUUUGUCAGAAACGUAACGCACAUGCUGGUUUGAUUCGAGAUGAAGAAUCUUAUAAUGCAGUUGUGAAUUACUUGAGAAUGAAUACUCCGGAUGGAAAGUUAUAUUUUUGGAUAUGGACAGGAUUUAAGUUUGAUUCAAUGACUGGUGACGUCAUACCUGCAGAUUCAUUCAUAAAAUGGUUUCCACGUCCAGAUAAUCCAUACAAGGGAAUUGAAUAUAAAGAUUACACAAACGUUUAUCUUGUUGUUAAUUCCAACCCGAAUGCUAGUUAUCAAGGAAUGGGUAAUGCUGCUCCUAUCUAUGUGCAUCAUGGAGUUAUUUGUGAGAUCCUGAUUUAAUGAAAUGUCUGUCUGUCUGUAUUUUGUUCCUUUAUUAUCAAUAAAAUAUAAAUCAUUGAAUCCUAAAUGAAAUUUAUACGAUUAGCCUUACGCUGAUUGAUGUCGUUAUCACAGCUAUAAUAAGGUAAAUUAAAUUAUGGUAAAUUUUCAUUAUCCAAACGUAAAAAUGAUUCCUACUUUUUGAAAUUUUUCAGUCCUGCAAACAAUUUAUUUAAAAUCAUAUUUUUACGAAAUAUAGUUGGGCAUUUCAUAAUGUUAUUUUCAUCGUUUUGCUGAUCUUACUAUACCGAGUUGUAAAA